UGCCAACAACCGCCAUCUUGCAACAAUCAACCGUCAGUGUCACUCCAUAGAGAAAGUAAAAUAAGGAUUUAUUUUACUUACUCUAUGUGUCACUCUCACUCUCAACAGCUGAUGUUUUGAUAUUAAAAAGCCAAAGGGGCUCCACUUCAGACGAGCAGUUCCCCUCAGUAAGUGAGCAAGAAAUUAACGGGAAAUGACGCUCCUGAGCAAGAUUAGACCCCUGCUGCGGUCCUGGACUGCCGGCCAGAAAUUAGCUGUGCAGAGGCAGAUGUCCGAGCACCGGGUAUUCCCGAUGCAGCCCUCCAAAUGGAAUUGGACCAUUUUCAAGGACAUGUUUAACUUUUAUUUGGUAUUGGGGGCCAUACCGUGCGCCCUUUUCACCAUCUACAUGAACCUGUUUGUGGGACCCGCCACUCUCACUCCGAUUCCCGAAGGAUAUACUCCCAAGUACUGGGAAUAUUAUAGAAAUCCGAUAACGCGUUUCCUGAUUAGAUACAUACAUCACUCUCCGCAGCAGGAUUACGAGAAAUUCCUCACUUAUUUGCAUGUGGAACAAGAGAAAAUCAUGCUCAGGAAAUUGGAAAAUGAAAUAAUGAAUAAGAUGAAGGAACGCAAUGACUAUCAAGCGUACUACUAUCAACCAAUCGUCGCCAAGUACUACAGGGCCACCAGGGAAUACAGUGAGCUAAUCGAAAAUUUGGAUGAUCCGUUGCCCAACGACCGUUAAAGCGGACAUUUAUGGCAAAUUGAAUCGUUUUUGGGUAGUGUUGUUUUCAUUAAAAUACUUUAGAAUGAU